GCACCUGUGGCGUAGCAACAUAAUUCACAAGCACAAAAGCUAAUGAUUUGAACAAUCACGUUCUCGUUUCAUCUUAGCGGUUCAUAUUUUAAAAAUGGACGAAUUUCAAAAUUCAGAAGAGACAACGUUCGUCGUCGAUGAAGUCAGCAAUAUUAUCAAGGAGUCAGUGGAGGGGGCCAUUGGUGGAAAUGCAUAUCAGCAUAACAAAGUCAACCAAUGGACUUCAAAUGUUGUGGAGCAAUGUCUUAAUCAGUUGACAAAACUGGGAAAGCCUUUCAAAUAUAUUGUUACAUGUGUCAUCAUGCAAAAAAAUGGGGCUGGUCUACAUACUGCAAGUUCAUGUUACUGGGAUAAUGCAACAGAUGGUAGUUGCACUGUACGAUGGGAAAACAAGACAAUGUAUUGCAUUGUGAGUGUGUUUGGACUGUCAAUCUAAUAGAAAAUUCCCUUUCAUGUAGUUCUCCUUAUUUAUCCUUUGUGUGUUGUACUUUUAUUUCAAGUUCAUAGGUCAUGUUCUCUAUCACUGAUGUAUAUAAACUACUUUAUUAAAUUUAUUAAUUAAAUUCAAUUUUGUUUCAAAAA